UGCAAACAGACAUGGACCCCAUCAUAUCAUGCAUACUUCCCGACAUAAACCAACCCAUGAAAAUUCAAUCGAAAUAUCCGCCCUAAAAACAGGCCAAAAAACUCCAUGUUCUUUUCUUAAAAGCUUCAUUUCUCUCCUUUUCACGCUUUUACUCACACACACCAUCACCACCUCCUCACUCUUUCUCUCUCCUCUCUGUUAACUACAUUGCCAUUUAUUAAUGCUGGAGUAUUAAUUAACGCCGUAUUCAAGCAAGUACUGAUUGAGUUAGUUCUUGAUUAUUGUUACUAGAUCUGGUUUUGAUUUCGGGAAUUUGGGGUGAUGUUUUCCGGCGAUUUAGGGUUUCAGUGAUGUUGAAUUUGUGAUUGGGGAGGAAAAUGGGAUCCGGAAGUAGUAAAACGCGUCGUAGUGGUGGUAGUGUCGCGUCGUCUGCUUCAUCUACGUCGUCGUUUAAUUCGUCGUUUUCUUCAUCGGUGGUUGAUAGGAGUAGGAGGAAGAGUAAGAGUCGAGGAGUGUUUAGCUCUCCUUGUCUUGGAUCGUCAUCGAAAGGGUACGGAAGUGAUGAAGAUGAUGAUGGUGAUGGUGAUGAUCAGGGGCCUUACUUUUGCCUUUGGAGUGUUGCAAGACGCUCAACAGUAAUCGUUUCAGAUCAUCAUAUUGAAGCUAGUAGGACAAUAUUACAGCAACCUGAAUCAGAGUCUGACGAAGUUAAAGUUCAGUGUUACCAAUCAUCCAAAGUUGAUGGGCCUGAUAACAUGCCCUGUAUAUCUUCUAAUAUCGAUCUUAGUGAAUGGGAUCAUGCAAAUGGGACAGAAAGUGAGAUUAGGGCAGAUGGAAGUUCAUCUCAAGCUUUCCCUGGUCAAUCUUUGAACAAUUCAAGCCGAUUUUUAUCUCGCUUCAGUUUUGUUCCUGGUAGUGUUAGCUUUAGGCUCAGCAGAGCGGCCAGUGUAGGAUCAUCAAGGGCUUAUCCUUCUUCUCCCACAAGCUUCGCUAUUCCAAAUGGUGAAGAAGACCUUCAUCUGCGGAGAGGGUUUCCCCGUCGCUUGAUUAGCAGUAAUGAGAGUCAACAAAAUAACAAUCUGAAUUCUUCAUUCACCAGUGCAUCGGUCAGAUCUCUUGGUGAUUCUUCUAUAAAUUUGAUUCGGCACUCUGCAAAUUCUACUUUGUCCAGUUCUUUGCAAGAUAAUGAGGUUAGUGCUGCACAAGAUCCGGUGGAUAAUGAUAGUGGGGGAACUAGGCUAGAUGUGCAUUUACCUUCUCUUGGAAAUCAUAUGGACGUGGAGGGUUUGAACAGGAGAAUUGGGGAUCAUCGAAAUGGUGCCCGAGAACCAGCAGAACGUAAUGUUCGUUUUAGUAGAACUUUAAGCGUGGGAAGGCUCCGUGAUAGAGUUCUACGUAGAUCAUCAUUUUCAGACUUGACUCUUUCUCCUUUGCCCCAGGAGAGAGCAACUGCUUCUGAUGGAAAUCCUGUUAACUCUCUGGUGUCUUCUCCUUAUCCGCUGCCCAGCAUGCCUAGCUCCUAUUAUGUUAGUCAAAGUAAUGAUGUUGAGACAUCACACCUCAGUGAAGGCAGGCAUCAUGAUUCACUGGAGCAUAGAUCAAAUUUCUUGGAGCGACGAAGAAGAAUAAGGUCCCAGGUACGAGCUCUUCAGCGUUUGGGUAGUCGUUUUGAGAAUCUAUCAGGACAUGAAAGGUAUUGUAUUCUGUCGGGGCAUCAUCGAACUGGGCGUUGCUCGUGUCGGAUCAGUACCAGAGAUUCUAAUUCAAAUAAUGAUGGUGCUCGAGCUAGUAUAUCGAGAAUCGUUAUGCUAGCCGAGGCUCUGUUUGAGGUUCUGGAUGAAAUUCACCAGCAAUCAGUGGUGUUAUCCUCCCGACCUUCUGUAUCUUCGAUUGGAUCUGUUCCAGCACCAAACGAAGUUGUAGAAUCCUUACCUGUAAAAGCAUACACUAAAUCAACAAAAAAUCAGAGCGAGGAGGUUGCUCAAUGUUACAUAUGCCUUUUGGAGUACGAGGAAGGUGAUGAUGUGCGCAUAUUGCCUUGUCAUCAUGAGUUUCAUAAGAAGUGCAUUGACAAGUGGCUUAAGGAAAUUCACAGGGUAUGUCCACUUUGCCGUGGAGACAUUUGCAGACCCGACGCAUUAGCUGUUGGGAACGGAGGCGGCUGUUAGCAUUUUGUUUACUAGAAGAGUGUACAAAAUACAGAUUGUUUUGUUUGUUGAAGCUUUCAGGUUGCGCCUGUGAUGUUCUUGGGAGAUUUCCGAGUCUGGUUACUCGAAUGAAGAACAACAGAAACAUCAAAGUUGUAACAUGACGAAGUGUUUGAUGUCUAAUUUCUGUUAAUACAUGAUUAGCACAAGACAUACAACAGAGAAAAAACAAUUUGGCAUGAGAUUGCAACAGGAGAUUAAAAUGCCACCAUUUCAUAGACUUUGUCAACUGGUCAUGAACAUAUGUGAGCGCUGUAUUUUCUGUGUCGGUUCCGUUUUAAUUUCUUUUUUUUUUUUUGGUUGGACAGCCUUGUGAAUAUUGUGCAAUCAGGAGCUGAUUCAUCCUUCAACUGUUAAAUGUAAUGUAAUAUCCAAUUCAAGUGGUUAAGUGAUUCUUUUCACAAUGCAA